ACCAAAAUUUCUAGGUAGACUCCGACAAGUGAAAAAUAUUUCUGGAAGCACUCCUUUGAAAACAAGCGGGAAAAGAUUGAUAAAAACAAAUAAAAAAAAUAUUUUUACCUUACUAUGAUCCCCAAAUGUCGAACCUCUGCUUACGGUUUAUCUCACCAUAUCAAAAUCCCCUGUUUUAGCAGCUUAACUGAUGCAAUUAUCUCACCAUUCAGUAAUACGAACUGUAACCAGUAUUUCGAAACCCCUCCGUCUUCUAAUUUUCAAAUCCAAAACCCCUCAUUUGAACAAGCACACAAUGAAAUCCAUAACUCUUACACAAAUUCUGAGACAUACGAGAAUCUCAUUAGUCGAUAUGAGGGUUCUACAAACUCGAAAAACGCUGAGAAACUUAAAUUACUUAUCAUCAAGAAUGGAUACUGUAGUGAUGUUGUUUUAUCUAAUACACUUAUUAACAUUUAUGCCAAAAGUAAUGAUAUGGUAAGUGCCCAGAAAGUGUUCGAUGAAAUGCCUGAUAGAAAUGAAGUUACUUGGAAUUGCAUGAUGUCUGGAUAUAACAAACAGAAAAUGUCUAAUCGGGCAUGUUUGCUAUUCCGUUCUAUGCUUUGCUCCGGAAUAAUGCCUUCUCAUUAUGGAUUUGGUGCUGUUCUGCGUGCUUGCCAAGAUUCUGGACCAGAUGGACUUAAAUUUGGAAUGCAAAUUCAUGGUUUUAUUAUGAAAACUUGGAACUCACUGGAUGUUGUAGUUUGUAAUGUACUGAUGACGAUGUAUGGGUCAUGUAGUUUGGACUCUAUGGUAUGCGCUCGCCGUGUUUUUGAUGAGAUACCGAUGAAAAAUUCUAUAUCCUGCAAUUGUAUUAUUUCAGUUUAUUCACGUACAGGAGAUGUUUUGUCAGCUUUUGAGAUUUUUGUGGCAAUGCAAAGGGAGGAUUAUGGGUUCAAAUUUUUUCAACCAAGUGAGUACACAUUUGGAAGUUUGAUAACCGCUACUUAUUCAUCUGUCAGUGGUUUUGGUCUAUCCCUGCUCGAGCAAAUAUUCAGUCGGAUCCUUAAAUCUGGAUUCUUCAGUGAUUUGUAUGUUGGUAGUGCUUUGGUUAGUGGGUUUACAAGGUGCGCAUUACUUGAUGAUGCUAAGAAGAUUUUUGAACAAAUGAGAGAGAGAAAUGCUGUAUCCGUGAAUGGAUUGAUGGUUGGGUUGGUGAAACAUAAAAGAGGAGAGGAUGCUUCAGACGUUUUUAGGGAGACGAGGGAUUUGGUCGGCAGAAAUUCUGAUUCCUUUGUGGUUCUUUUAAGUGCAUGCGCUGAGUUUGUGUUGUCGGUUGAAGGAAGGAGAAAGGGUGGAGAGGUUCAUGGAUACGUGCUAAGAAAUGAUCUUAUUAAUUCGAAGGUUGCAAUUCCAAAUGGACUGGUUAACAUGUAUGCAAAGUGUGGUUUCAUUGAUGAUGCUUGCAAAGUUUUUAAGCUCAUGGAGGUCAAAGAUGAGGUCUCGUGGAACUCCAUAAUAACUGGACUUGAUCAAAAUGGACGCUUUGAGGAGGCAAUGAAAAGUUUCUGUAGAAUGAGAACUGGGUUUUUGCCAUCAAAGUUUGCACUAAUCAGCACUCUAAGUUCAUGUGCAAGCUUCAGGUGUAUUCAACUGGGAGCACAACUUCAUUGUGAAGGGAUCAAACUGGGUCUUGACUUAGAUGUUUCUGUUUCGAAUGCACUCCUUGCCCUGUACGCAGAUUCUAGGUAUCUAGUUGAAUGCCGAAAGCUUUUUGCUUUGAUGCCGGAAUUGGAUAAGAUUUCAUGGAAUUCUAUGAUUGGGGCAUUAGCUGAUUCAGAGUCGCAUGUAGAAGCAGUUGAGUGUUUCUUAUGUAUGAUGCGUGAUGGAUGGGAUCUUAAUAGAGUAACAUUCAUAAAUCUUCUCGCAGCCGUUUCAUCGCUCGCAGUUCUGGAGUUGAACCAGCAGGUUCACUCCCUAGUGCUAAAAUGUUGUGUUUCAGAUGACGAUGUUGUUGAGAAUGCACUUAUAUCUUGCUAUGGGAAGUGCGGACGAAUGGAUGAUUGCGAAAAGAUCUUUACUAAAAUGUCUGAAAGGAGGGAUGAAGUAUCAUGGAACUCUAUGAUUUCUGGAUAUAUCCAGAAUGGUCAUAUCUCCAAAGCCAUGGAUUUAGUCUCGCUUAUGAUGCAGAAGGGUCAGAGUUUUGAUUGUUUCACCUCUGCCACAGUUCUCAGUGCAUGUGCCUCUGUUGCAGCAUUAGGGCGGGGGAUGGAAAUUCAUGCUCGUGGAAUGAAGGAUUUUGUAACAUCUGAUGUUGUAGUGGGAAGUGCACUUGUCGACAUGUACGCUAAAAGUGGAAGAGUUGAUUAUGCUCUGAGGGUCUUCCAUUUGUUGCCUCUGAAAAAUAAGUUCUCAUGGAAUUCAAUGAUAUCAGGUUAUGCACGGAAUGGGGUUGGUGAUAAAGCACUAGAGCUGUUUAUGGAGAUGCGCCGGAGUGGUCAUAAGCCGGAUCAUGUCACCUUCGUCGGUAUCUUAUCGGCUUGUAGCCAUGCAGGCUUUGUUGAGCAAGGAUUCAAACAUUUUGAAUCUAUGAAAAACGAGUACGGUUUGGUUCCUGGAAUGGAACAUUUCUCAUGCAUGGUGGAUCUCCUUGGACGGGCUGGCAAGCUUGAUAUGGUGGAGGACUUCAUUAAGGCAAUGCCAGUGAAGCCAAACGCUCUCGUAUGGAGGACUGUUCUAGGAGCUUGCUGCAGAGCAAAUGGCCGAAGAACAGAUUUAGGAACAAAGGCUGCAGAAAAACUUCUGGAGUUAGAGCCUCAAAAUGCUGUGAACUAUGUGCUUCUCUGUAACUUGCAUGCUUCUGGAGGCAGGUGGGAAGAUGUAGCAAGAGCCCGGUCCAUGAUGAAGAGGGCAGCAGUGAGAAAGGCAGCCGGUAGUAGUUGGGUUACCAUGAAAGAUGGUGUUCAUGUUUUUGUAGCAGGAGACAAAUCUCAUCCAAACAUAGAUGAAAUCUAUGCAAAGCUAAGGGAUCUAACCAGGGAAAUGAAGGACGCUGGUUACAUACCUCAGACAAAAUUUGCCCUGUAUGAUCUUGAAACAGAAACUAAGGAAGAGAUUCUAAACCACCACAGCGAGAAACUUGCAGUAGCUUUUGUUCUCCUUAAAACGUCAGGAUUGCCGAUAAGAAUUAUGAAAAAUCUUCGUGUGUGUGGUGACUGCCACUCUGCAUUUCAAUACAUAUCUAAGAUUGCUGGGCGGCAAAUUGUGUUGCGGGAUUCAAAUAGGUUUCAUCAUUUUAAUGAUGGAAACUGUUCAUGUGGGGACUACUGGUAAAAUUACUGAUGAGACCCAUUGCCUUGUGGAUGAUUUUGUGAAAGAGUUCAUCUGGUGAUCAAGAAUGAAACCGGUAUAGUUACACAGUUCAAGGAAAGAAACGCGGACAAGUUAUGAGCGUUUUAGAUAGAGAGAGACUAUAACAUAGCUGCCUACUUGAUGUUAAUAUACCAGCAGCAGUUUUGAAGGUUCACAAGGAGUUUCAUAAUCAGAUGACAUUGCUGAUAGUUUUAGGCCACAUCAACCGAUUCCAGAACAGAACAGUAAGUAACAUACAAACAUUUUAAUUUA